AUGCAGGAGGCUAAAAACUUAGAUUUUGCGGAACCGGGACAACAGGCCCCUGAAGAUAGCAUCGAGCUUGACAAUGGGCUGGACCCCCGUAGGUCAGGGCGACAAAGUGCUGCCAGUGUGACCUCGCUACGUUCGAGGGCGUCAGUGAAGCCGCCAGCGAAAAAUGAAAAACCCAAAUUUACACCACGGGAAACGGUCUGGCGUCGACACAUCUCUAAGGAGUAUCUGCUGCCCACCGUAAAUGGCUGGAGAUCCACGUGGACUCGGCACAAAAGGGUGCGCCGCCUCUUCCUUCUCCUAAAUCUGAGUGUUGUCGUCUGUCUCUUCAUCUCUCGCAUUGUAGCAGCCAGCAUAAUCGCUAAUCAUAUGAAGGAAGUCCGGUCAUUUACGGCCAUUCACACUCUUCCUCGAGGGGACUCUUCUGUUGAGGACAAGGAGGCCGAGAAGCUACAUUUUCUUCUCACCUGCGCCGCGGUCUACCCUAGAUGGACUGGAGUCAAGGAUUGGUACGCCGUUGAAGACAUUCCCUACGCGGCACUUCCUCGGCGAACGGCCGUACAUACGCUUAAGAAGCUUGAUCCUAACUCCAACCAAACUAGUCUAAUCUUGAGACCGAUUCUUGUCUACGUGGGUGGCGAUUCCAUGCUCUUCAACCGUCCUCGGCUCAUCUCGGCCCGAAUGGCAGCAAAAAUGGACUUCGUUUAUGUGACUAUACGCUACCGCCUUGGCGUAUUCGGAUUUUCAGACUAUCAGAUGGAUGAGGCUGGACCGAAUCAUGCGGUGGAGGAUGUGAAAAGGGCCUUGAAUUGGGUGUACGAGAACGCGGCACUCUUUGGUGGAGACGCGCGUCAAAUUACCCUCUUUGGCGAGAAUUCUGGCGCCACCAUUGCCGCCCUUCUGAUGAAUGCCCAGUUGGAGACCUUUGAGACAACCAAUACAUCACAACCAUAUCUGUUCUCCCGUCUCUGGCUGUCGGAUGGUGGACUGGUUGCCCCGCCUAAAUCCUCCGAUUUGAACCCUUUCCAGAAACUCCUUCUCUCGGAUCUGGAACUAACCGAGGCUUGCUUUAAGAAACGUCGUGAGGGCAGAAUAGUCGAGAGAACAAACGGGUCCUCUAGUUCCAUCAGCGGCAAGGUUGCAUGUCUUGAAGGCGCCAUUCCCGAUACGAAUGAUCGGGAAGCCUUAAAUGCGCGUUUCAGGGAUAUACCCAUGGUAAUUAGCUCCACCAUGGACCAGGUGGAUCUGCAUAUGUCACGCAGAAAUAAGCCUUCUGCCAAAAAUAUGACGCUUCUGGAAUUGCAGAACGAGCUGCGUGCCAGUCUUUCCACCUUGUCCUCCUCCACAGCCCAAGUCAAUUAUGUCUACUCCAUAGGCAAGGCCUACGAUGCCCUCCUGCGAACCCUAUCAAAAACGAACAUGGGUGAAGCUUUCAACGCUAUCGUGUCCGACCUUCGCAACCACCUUUAA